AUGGCACUAGGAGUUCUUGAAAAACUUUUCAUGGCUCUAGAUGCAGUUGGUGUAGUAAGAAAUGAGAAAAUAUCUGCUGCACAGGUCACUGAAAGGGAUGUUAGUUCUACCUUAGGAGCGCCAGUGUUUAGCCUGGGCGAUGAAGAUCUCUUGAAGAUUUUUAGCUUUCUUUCCUUGGGUGAUCUGCUUCAAGCUUCGCGUGUCUGUCGAUGGUGGUACAGAUUAUCAUUUGAUGGCGUUUUGUGGAAGAAUGUUGAUAUGAGGCGUUUCGCCACGCGUCUUACUGAUCCAGAAACAAUGCAAUCGUUGCUUGUCAAAAGAUUCUCAACAAAAAUCCGAAGCCUUGAUCUGAGCGGUUUUACUCUGUCUGAUGAAACCCUGCAAAGACUUGCUUCUUGUAAAGGGCUACGAGUAUUGAAAUUAAAAAGUGUAAAGUUUACCGCAACAACCAGGCCCCUACAACAGAAUGAGCUACAAGAAAAAAGGGUUUUCCUCAAGCAGCUUGAAGAACUGGACAUCCGAUUCUCACACGGCCAUUCACAAGUCUAUCGGGCUAUUGCUUUAGGACUCAGUAAUAUCAAAUCUCUCGGACUCUGUGACGCUUUUCUUUACACACUGCUUAAAGACAACAACUUGGAAACAACGAUCGAAAGAAUGACAAACUUGCGUUUCUUGGAUUUAAGCCAUUGUCUGCUACUCAAAGAUGGCACUGCGGCUAUGUUCGCGUGCUGUAAGAAGCUAGAGGUCCUCAGCGUCCGUAAAUGCCAUACGUUGGGGGGCAGCUUUGUUCAAGAUAUUCUACAGUCUUGUGUGCAUCUCAAGACCCUUAUACUUGACGGCAUCGGUAUAGACGACAAUACAUUACAGAGUAUAAAGUGGGAGAGUUCUCGCCUGAUACAUUUGGAGCUCGGGUGCUGUCCCCUUAUCACCCCAAGCGGGCUCAACUUAGCCCUUUCUCAAGUGACAAAUAUCCAGAGCUUGGAAUAUUUAGGAUUGCGUGCGAUUGGAAAAUGCAAAACACUCGAUGAUGAUAUUAUUGUUGAACUGGCAGCCAGUAUAUCGAAAACACAAAACAAAAAACUGAAAUGGUUUAGCCUUGGUUGUUCAAGGUAUAUUACAGUGGAUGAUCUUGACACGUUGUGCUCUUUUGUUAAGAGCAAAAACAAAACAAAUUGUAGUGCACUUAGCUUAAAAACUGACACGAAAUGUCACGAAAACGUGAAGGUUCCUCUGCCAGAUACUGAGAUGAAAAUAGAGAGACAAGUUUUUAGUGGGAGUUAUAAUUUUUUCAGAUUGAACUGUUCCCUAGAGACACCCGUUUGA